AUGUCUUCCGCCCUCGCCCGCCCGCUGAUGCGGACCACCGCUCGCACCCUCCCUUCGCGCCUCGCCCUCCGUUUCGAGUCCACCGCCUCUAAGAAGGCCAGCGAGUCCGCGAAGGAUGCCGCUGGAAAGGCCAGCGAGUACUCGGCCAAGGCCGCCCAGGGCCUGAGCCGUGCUGCCAGCGCCGCUGGUCCCGCUCUCUCUGGCGCCGUCAGCGCCCUCGGCAAGGUCGGCGGCCGCACCGGCAAGGUUAUCAACUUCAUCGAGAAGCAGGUUCCUUGGGUCAUCUACUACUCCCGCGUCGGCCUUGAGCUGUCCAAGAUUGUCUUCCACGGCCAGAAGAUGGCUCCUCCCCCCGUCAGCACCUUCCAGUCCUACUUCCAGAAUGCCGUCGGCGUCCUGAAGAACCCCAGCACCCUUCUGAGCUCCGUGUCCUCAACCGCCGGCUCUGCUGCCUCUGCCGCCGCCGCCAAGCCCGCCACCUUUGCCUCGCGCAUCAACACCGCCACCGUGGCCUUCGGUGCCGUCGUCGCUGCUGAGUGCCUCGGCUUCUUCACCGUUGGCGAGAUGCUUGGCCGCCUGAAGCUUGUCGGCUACCACGGCGAGACCCACGCUGCCCAUCACUAA